CAUUUGGUUUCUUUGAUGUUUUCUAUUUGAUUUCGUUAUUGUUUGGUUCUCAGAAAUUUGUCCCAUGCUUUAUAUUCUAAAAUUUUCUGUACUGAGACAGUGAGGUUUCAAAUUAAUUGGCUAUGAAAAGAAGACAUGAUUGACAAAUUGACUCAUUUAGGAAAGGGAUUAUUUCAUAUGAAGAAGAACUUGGAGUGGAAAAUUUUUGUUCAAAAUAUUAUACGUUCAGUAAAAGCCAAUCUUCCCAUCGACCAUGAAAAACCUCCACGGCAGUUGAUCCACGCCUUUGGUAAAGUUGUAGACGAAAGAAUUGCUGCUUUUCCUUCCCAUCAACACGAGAAAGCGUUUAAACAAGGAAGUGACUGGGAAGUUCAUGGGGACUUUGAAAUUGGUGGUAAGUCAGAGGCUUUCGUCGAAACUCUUCGUGAUGGAACUGGUGUUCGAUUCUGUGGCGAUUUACGCGAACACUCUGCGUUUCCUCAAGGUGGAUAUUUAUCUUUUUAUUGGAGAGGUCUUGACGAUUUCGAAGACUAUGAAAGAAUAGUUUUGAGGGUCAGGGGCGAUGGACAACCCUUUUUAUUUCACGUAAAGACGAAAUCUUUCAUGCUUGAUAGUGAUAUGUUUCAGAUAGCCUUCAAAACAAAACCGGAUGGAACUUGGUGUAAUGUGAAGGCCCCUUUCUCUCGGUUCAAACUCAUAUAUAAAGGCCAUGUUACUGAUGAUCAACCUGAAGUGUACUUGAAAAAUGUUUUGGGUAUGGGAAUUACAGUUGCAGGUCGUAAGCCGGGUCCGUUUCAGUUAGAUAUCGCUUCAAUACAUGUGGAAAAAGAUUCUUAGAAGUUUUUUUAUUGCACUUGUAAGCGUACUGAACCAAUCAUGUAUUUGUUUCCAGUGUCGUUAUUUCACAAAUAAAUACUAACAUUUCCCA